GUCCUAGACCGUAUGAUGUCCGUGUAGUCCUUUAAAAAAAAAAAAAAAGUUAUAAAAGGUAGCCAAAAAACAUGAUGUGUGUUAAACUUAAGCACAGAUAUGUUAAAUCGUGCAGUUUAAUUGAUGCCACAGACCUCCUAUGAAGCACAUAUGACUUCGAAUCAUCAUAUUACAAUGUAUUCUAACUAUGAGAGAAGGAGGUUUAGAUGUUUGAAAAUAUGGUGUGGCGCUAGAACAAUGCUGAAAAAGUGAAGACACAAAAGAAGAUAAGUAAGUAAACUUGUUUUCCUCAUCAUUUUGCGUCAUUAAUAUCGAAUAAAUAAUGAAGUUGUCAAUUGAAAUCGAAUUUUUGAUAUCAGUCGUCUCAGCCAUCAAGGUCACCGAAUAUGCAGAAUCAAAAAACAAAAAAGAGCAGGCCAUUGAGAGCGAGAAGAGUGCCAACACUAUUGUGAAGACAUCAGAGUUUACCGAAAUACUUGGAUCGAGACAGUUUGUCGAUAAAUCGUUGUUCCUUCGAUGGUUUAUCUCAGAAGGGAAAGACCUCUACAUUACCGGUCCGUCGGGCCUGGGAAAAAGCACUCUCCUCAGUAUGAUGCGCACGUUUUUCACAGCCCAAUUUCAUAACAACGGCACCUAUAUCGACCCAAAAAUCACAAAAAUACGAGACUUCUUCAAAGCACCUUGCAGAUUUGAUGGCAUUCAGACUGCCUUAAAGAUUUACCAGCACGAGGACUUUUUCGAGAAGCACUUCCAACGAUACUGCGUUAUUUUUGUGAAUUUACACCCUUUGAAAUUCAUCCAUGAUAUCAGUUCAUUCGAGGCAAGACUGCUUGAAAUCGUCGGCACGGUUUUUAAGAGUUUUAAAAUCCCCGAGAGUCCAAACUGUCGAGAGAUCAAAUCCUUGGUUGAUGUAUACGAAACCAUGGGGCUGAGUCUCAGUGAAUUCGAUAUGAGGAGAGUCGAACACGUCUCAAAGUUCCUGAAUGGCCUGUGGAGUUGUUUCAACAAGAAAUUCAUAGUUCUGAUCGACGAGUACGAUGCAAUAUUGCACGCCUUGAUGUCGGGUAACGUUACCAAAACAGAUUCCGGGCUCGUGUUUUGGGAGGUGCACAAAGUUGUGGAAGCGCUUACCAAACAUCAGGCUGUGCUUCGCGCCCUUUGCGUGGGCGUGCUGAACCUCGGAGGUGCAGUCGCCUCCUUGGCCGAUCACAUACCACAUGUCCACUUCUUCGCCGAUGAACGAAUCCCACGCUAUUUCGGUUUCUCGGACAGCGAAGUGGGAACACUCCUCGGUAGCUACGGCAUGGCAUCCGACAGAGAUUCAAUCGUGGAGUUCUAUUCCGGAUAUCGGGUCAUGAGCCCUCGAAUCGGUCGCGUGCUCAACGCCGCCUCGAUUUUGCACUGCAUCGAGGGUAAAGGCGUGAGUGACGGAUACUUCAAGGUCUCAGGGCGGGACUCCACGUUCGACGUGCUGUUUUCCGAGCCGGUGUUUGGCGAGAAAAUCCUCCUGUCGGUCAUGGAAAACGCGGAAAUCGACAUCGCACUCGAGAGAACCGGAGUAGGUGUCAACCGGAUCUUGGACUUGAGUCGACAGAUCGGAGAGAACGCUGAAUUUGCUGCUAGCUUCAGGCUGACGGACUCCGGAAUGGAUUACGUCUUCCAGUAUCUUCUGGAGUCCGGUUACUUCACCAUCGCGAGAGGGUUAGAACUCCUCAACACGACCCGCGCAACCCCGAGGAGCGUCCGCAUUAAGAUCGUGCCAGCAAACCUCGAAACUAAACACAUCCUGUACAGGACGCUCUUUGCGAGUCAGUUUCCCUUGUAUUCCUACAGGAUUACACCUGAAAAAGUAGACGUCUUAGGGGCGGCCCUGAAUAACCUCAGCGAAGCGUCGCUGCGAGAAGUGAUGAAGUCAGUGCGGGAAUUUUCUCUGGGCAAAUCUGCAGAAGGGACUCAUUUGAGGUUCCCUGUACAUUAUUGUGUGAAUAAGUUAAUGAGUUCGGGUAAAGUAAAAAUCGUCGAGUAUGAAAACUCUAUCAAGGAGAAUGGGAAGGUGGUCGCUUUGGCUCUUGUAAAUUUGAGGAAUGAGGGCGUGGUGAUCGAAUUAGAGCGAAAUGAGACUUCCAUUGAUACGUUGAGUAGAAUGGUUCGAGAGAAAUAUGAUUCUGUUUUUAACAUUGGUAAAUUUGCAAAAGUUAGCAUCGAACGCAGAGUCCUGGUAGCUCUCCGCUGUACUUGUGCAGACCAGUGUGACAUGUGUUUUACACUUGAUAGUAGGAGCAUUUUGAAUGCAACCUGUGCGACUUACCCUGAAAAUGAGUCUUUGGAAAAAAAUUUAUACCUGCGGAAGACUGAAAUAUUAUAAACGUAUAUGUUAAUUCAUCUUGUA